AUGACUUCUAAACCAACUAUUCUCAUCAUAUCUGGCGGUGGCCAUACCCCAGCGCACUUUCGUCCACUUCAGAUUCUCUUCGAACACCGCAGAUACGCAGUACACUCUCCACGACUACCCAGCAACUGUCUCUUGCUGGCAAAUGAUUCAUCUGCAGAAGAUGUUACUCUUGCCCGGAAGAUUGCCACACGGCUCUCUAAUGAAGGAAAAGAGAUUAUCGUUUUGAUGCAUUCUUAUGGUGGUUUUGUGGGCACCGAGGCAAUGUGUGGACUGGGUCUGAUACAACGCGCUCGGGCAGGGUUAACGGGGGGCGUCAAGUGGCUGGCUUAUAUGACUGCGGUUACUCCAAUGAAGGGGGAAUCGACUAUUGAGGCGGGGAUGGUUGGUGGGGGGACAUCUUGGACUUCACCCGAUACUCGUUCAGCAUUUAUAGAGUAUACCUGA